AUGGUGAAGCUUGCAAUUCUGAUGGUCAUGGCUUUGUGUGCUUUUGCGGUGACUCCAAAAGUCUUUAGAAGUCAGUUUGUAGAAACAGAGAGCGAUUAUUCUGAAAGUCAACAAUGCGAAGGACAGCAAGCUCAAGCUUGCAAAGGUGAAAAAGGAGAUAAAGGAGAUCAAGGCCCACAAGGUCCUCCAGGUCCAUGUGGCCCACAAGGGCCUCAAGGCUGUCCAGGCCUAAAGGGCGAUAAAGGUGAAAAAGGCGAAAAAGGAUGCCAAGGGGAUGCUGGCCUUCAAGGAAUAAAAGGAGAAAAAGGAGACCAAGGAGCACAAGGACUAGCAGGAUGCCAAGGCGAAAAAGGAGACAGAGGUGAUAGAGGUUCAAGAGGUGCUUGUAUUAAAUGCACAAAAAUUGAUAAUUAUGAUGAAAGCCAAGCCUCUUCAUGUGCAGAUCAACAAAAAGAUUCCAUAAAGCAAGAUAGCUCACAAUGUAAUUCCUCAUCUGCUGCCAGUUCUCAAUCUGAUACUUCAUCAGAACAAUCACAGCAAGUCAUUCAAAUAAACAAAAUUAACCAAUCCAAUGAAAUUGUCAAAGGCGAUGAAAGUGGAACAAGCUCAGUAGGUUCUGUUACUUCAUCAACUUUUUCACAAGAUGGAAAAGUAACGCAAGUCAAUCAAAUCGAUCAGGCAAAUAUAAUUUCUCAAGCUGCUAAAAAAUAG